AUGGCUUCGCGCGUCCCUCCAACCCUCGACGAGGAGACGCUCCCCGAGUUCGUCGCCGCGCUCGACCGCCUUCUCUACCCGCCGGCAUCGCCAGGCCUCCGGGCUCGAGUCGCCGUCCUCAUGGCCCUCACUGGCUUGAGCAUCCUUCUCGGCCUACUUUACCUGUGGCUGCACUACCACAACACGCUCGAAAGGCCUAAAAGACGCUGUCUAUGGCUGGUGCGCCGAGUCGAGCGGCCGAGCGGGCGCUUCCUCGUCGUCAAUCCUCGGCCCGCCCUGGCCGGCGUCGUCGUCCUUUAUGGCGCGUACGAGCUCGCCUACGUCGCGACCUACUACCUUGUGUACGGCCUCGGCCAGGGUCAAGCCGUCGCGAUCGGCAUUCGGAACUUCAACGCGAUCCCUCUUUGGCUCGGUGGCUGGAUCCUGUCGUGGUGCGGGCUGCAGGCCUUUCUCGUCGCCGUCGAGUCGGAGCGCAAGUUCGUGUCGGCUCGGACCGCCAACUGGCUCUUCAUCGGCGUCGGUGCGGCGCUGGUCGGCCUCAAUCUCGCAAUCGUCACCUGUACGACCGUCGUCACCGUGCGCAUGUACUGGCAGUACCUCAACCUGCGAGAAGCUCUCGUCGCUGUCGACGAGUCGCUCGGCGGGCGCGUCCCGACGCUUCUCGACUUUCUUCCUCUACAAGCGGUCGGCAGCAGCUUCUUGCCCGCCGCAUCCUCAGCUCGCACCACAAACAUCGUUCAAGGCGCGCUCGCACCCGUCUUUAUCUUUCCGAUUCUCGCCGUCAACUAUGGCGGUCUCGCCCUCGCUCAACGCAUGCGGCGUCAGAUCCGCGACAGCCUCGAGCUCCUCCAGUCGGCCGAUCGGGUCGGCUCGAGCAGCAAGGCGGCGCUCGGGUUCCGCGACGAGCGCAAGAAGCAGAAGAGCUACGUGCGCGCUCUGGCCCAGCAGCGGCCUGGCGCGAGUCCGACGGCCACCUCGAUGCAGGCGCGCAAGAUCCUCGCACUGCAGAAGGCCGUGACCGACCUCGAGACGACGGUCGGCGUCAUCGCAUUCGUCGCUACGUGCGAGUUCGGGAUCAUGGUCCUGAUCGCCUACGCGGCCGCGAGCGACAGGCUCAGCACGGGCCAGUACACCUUCUUCGAAGCAGCGAUGCUCACGCCCGAGUGGAUCUACACGACCGCCAUGACGGCCUCGCUCCUUUACCUCGUCUUUAACGCUUUGCGGGCUCGACGACGCCUCGUCAAGACCGGCACGUCAACGGACGACGUCGAGGGCGCUGUGCUCGGUCCGCGCACUGUUCGACUUGGCGUCGACAGCGCAGAAGUGGUGCAGCUCGAGGCCGACGUCGAGCGCAAGCGGUCGCACUCGAGCGACUCGGUACCGCCGUCGUCGUACGAGAAGGAGGGCAUCAUCAGCCUCCCGCCUCUCGCCGCUGUCGACACCGGCGAGCGUCCGAGCCCCAAUCCGGCGCUCGGCACGUCGCAGUCGUCGUUCGAGGAGGAUGCGACAAGACGCAGCUCGAGCUGGCUCGAACCUGCGCCGGCCUUGCGAGUGCCCUUUGCGGUCACGGUCGUCGCCGAGACUUCUGAUGCGGCCGAUUGA